CCUCGUAACUCAGGGAGCGGCCGCCACUGGGAUGGCAGAACAAGAAAUGACUUAUUUUUCGUCGCCUUAAUGGGCGUCUCGAUGCGCUACUCUCUCUUUAGACAGCCCAUCGCUACUCUCUCUUUAGACAGCCCAUCGCUCGUAAAGUGGUUUUGUUUCAAACAGUGCUCUCGGUACCGGGUGCAAGGUUGGGGUAAAACUGCUCCAUUUGCCAGACUUCAGCUGCAAAAACAAGCCAAGAAAUCAAAGGCAAAUGAAACUGUCAGCAGCUGCCUCUUUUGCUCAGACAUGUUGCAGCCUAUUGACAAAAGUUUAGGCCAAGAAGUCAAGACUAGAAGAAAUCAGCCAAAAUCUGACGGCAAGUUAGGUGUAGAUGCUAUAGCUGAUUCAGCUUCAGAGGAGAUUUCAAUCCAUUCUAGUAAGCCUAACUGUUAUCUUAAAACAGAUGGCGUUAAAACAGAAAUACGUCACAGCAAGAUACACUCUGUUCAAACAUCCCGAGGUGAAAAGAAGAACCUGCCAAUAAAGGAAUACUGUAUGUGGAACCUAGAAGACGUGAAAAAUCCAGAAGCUGUGAGGCAUAAAGAGAUAAAACCCCAGGGGCUUAAUAUGCUUGAUCCAGAUGGCUCUGGAUCUUUGGCUUCAAAGUCUUCACUACUAUUUCCACCCGUGAAGGAUGCCACUCCCAAUGAUACUUCAGACUUUUCUUGCAAAAAUAAGAAGGCCGUUAUCUCUCAGAAGAUGCUCAAUGAUACUUCAGUUGAGAUUGCUUCCUAUAGUCAGGAUGCUAAAGUUGUAGAACAGAAGGGUAAAAAAGGAACUGAUGUCAUCAAUGACAAAGUGAAGGAAAAAAUAGAAAUUCAUGAACCACCAUCUUUUGCGCCAAGCCAUACAAAGGUCGCCGUCCUGCAAGAAGAUCCUGAGCAGUCACACUGGCAUUGCGCUCCUGCAGCAAACAAAAAUAUUGCAACCAUCUCUAAUCCUACUGCUUUGAAGAAGAACAGUCAUCAUGCCUGUAAGCAGAUUCCACAUACGGAAGGAAUACAACAUACAAAACAUUAUGAUAUCCAAGGCUCUUUAACCAACAAUGUAAGGAACAGAUAUGCUGAGGUCAAACAACAAAAAGAAGCAAAAAUGCAGGAGGUCCCACCACUUUCUGGACUAUUGCCUUCCUUAAUGGUCAGCCGCGUUGCAAGAACUACACUGCCAUCUAGACUGACCUAACAUUUUUAUAUUGUAAUUUAAUGCCUUUUGUUUGUCUGUUUGCUGUACAAUGAGGGGGGAAAAACCUGAAGAUUUCCUUGUGAGCAAUCUGGAUAUAUGUAGCCUCUGUAGAUGCUAUUAAUAGUGUUAUAAGCUGCUGAUGCCAAUUACUUUCACAUAGGUUUAGUUUCUUCUUGACUAGUAGAUAGCCCAUUAGAGCCUUAAAUAGCUUAUUCUGGGGAUGAACUGCAACCUCUUCAUUCAAGGAUGGAGUCUGAAUGACUAGUGUAGUCUAGCAUGGUAUUUAGGUAUUUGAUUCCACUAAGCACUGGAGCAAUGCCUAACUUUAAGAACAUUCUUAAAUCCAUGCCUACUCAGCAAGGUAUUUAAGAAUAUGCUUACCUUAAGCAGUGAUUAAAUCCUAUUGAACUUCACAGACUUUUGCAUACAUUCUCUGCUAAUUUUGUACCUAAAAGAGAAGCAGAAAUAACCUGGAAAGCAAACAGCGUUGGGACUGGAAAUUAUUUACAAUUAUUUGC